UGCCUGCGUCUUUCUUUAUCUUGACUUGCCUGUACGGUAGCGUACUGAAACGGAAAGAGACGCAGCGUCCCUUUUGUGGCGUCAUGUCCCAGAAGUCGCAGUCAGACGGCAGUCAGAAACACUUCGCCGUGGGUCGGGGGCUCCUCGCCGCCGCAGAGACCUUGAACUUCAGCAUGAGCGAGCAGCGAUCCGGCCGGCAGAUGGGGGGCAUGUCCUCAGGUGUGGGGGUGGGCGGCGGUGGCAUGGAGGGCCAGGAUGGUGGCGCCCAGAUGUCCCGGCGUGGCAGCGGAGGAGGCGGCAGCCACAUUAGCAACACCAUGAAGCUGUUUGCCAGUUUGGGGCUGUCGCCCUCCGACCUGGACUCUCUGGCGGAAAUCCCCGAGGAGGACAUCAGCGUGGAGACGCUGCCGCGCAUCCUCAUGCAGUUAAAAAGCCGCAAGGGAGACGCAGGAGAGCGGCGCGGGGGGUCCAUGUCCUCUGACGCCGGGUAUCGAGGAGGCAGGGACAGCUGGGACGACGGGCACAUGGGCAGGAUGGGCGGCUCUUCACUGGGUCCCAGUUCAGCCCGGGCCCAGUCAUCUGGAGACUUUGGGUACGGUUCCCUGCAGGACAGCUCUCCCAGCCGGGGCUACGGCUUAAAUUACAGCAGCGGUGGGUCUGGGAGCCGAGACAGACCCUUCUCUGAGCUGUCCCGCCGAGAUUCCUACAGCGGCCUCGGCAUGGGCACGCCGGCGUCCGACCCCGCCUUUAUGCAGAGGAGAAAGGGCUCCCCGUCAAACGGAAAAGUCCAAGACUUCUUGGGAGUCAUGCCCCCCAUGUUCCCCCACGUGUGCUCUCUUUGUGACUUUGACGUUCACUCCACCAUGGAGUGGAAUCAGCACAUCAAUGGACUUCGACAUGCUGAAAAAGGACGCCAGCUGCUCGACAUGUAUCCGGAGUGGGACCCUGGUAUGUCCUCAGGCAGAAGUUCGGGAAUUCUGGACACCCCCAACAUGUCUGCAGGGCUGCUGGGAGCUGCCCCGAUGUCCAUGUCUCAGACGGGAGGGGGCAUGUCCUCCAGCUGGGGAGGAAGUUCUGGUCCGUCGGGGAAGAACCAGCUGGGACAAAAUAAGCUGAGAAGCAGAGUGGUGGUGGUGAAGUACGACAGGAAGCCGCUCAGCAACAAGACUCUGUUUGCCUUCACCGAGCCGUUUGGCCGCCUGCGGGAGCACCUGGUCCUCAAGAACAAGGCCUUCUUAGAGAUGAACAGUCACGAGGAGGCUCUGGACAUGGUCAACUACUACCAGCAGCACCAGGCUGCUCUGUACGGCAAACCCAUCACCUUCUACCUGUCCAAGAGACUGCUGGUCAUCGAGAAAGAUGAUCGGCAGAGAGACAUGGCGAUGGACGGACCGGUCCGGGACGUAAAGGGCCGCGGCAGCCAGGUGGUUUUCUUCUCCAACAUGCCCCGAGAGACGGAGAAGAAGAAGGAGCUGCUGACCAUCGCCGGACGCUUCGGCGUCGUGGAGAAACACCUGUUCCUCACCGACCAGGCGUUCGUCCAGCUGGGAACUCCGGAGGACGCCGAAAUGUUGGUGAAGUAUUACAGCGUGAACCCGCUCACCAUCCGAGGGAGAUCCAUCCGCCUCAACAUCUGCGCCAAGUACAAGACUCUGAACGUGAAACGGGGCCAAGGUGAAGACGGCCGGGGCCAGCGGAGCGGAGGGGCGAACGCCUCGUCGUCUUCCUCCAGCGGCUCGGGAACCAGAGCUUCCUCCAACCCGCCCAGGAACUCCUCGUCCAGAACCAGAAGCAGAGAGGAGAGGAAGAAAGAGGAGGAGAACAAACCCAAACCUGCAGAGGAAGAGGAGGAAGAGGAAGAGGUGUCGGGAGUGAUGGAGGGAGAGGACGCAGCCGAGGAACAAGAGGAAGAAGUGAAAGAUGCAGACGCAGAGACGGAGGAGCCGGAGAGAGACGAGUCUGUGAAGGAAACGGCGGAGGAGUCUGAGGAGGUUCCUGACGCCGAUGACGUCACUGAUGACACACCGGCAGAUGUGGGCGGGGCUGAAUGUGACGUCACCCAGGAGGCGGAGUCAGAGGGACAGAAAGAACCGGCUGAAACCGAAGCGCCGGCAGAAACCGAAGCGCCGGCUGAAGAACACGAGACCAAAGAAGAGCCGAGUGCAGAACCGGGAGAGAGUUCAGAGGCAGCGGAGGGAGAUCUGCCCGACGACGAGUUUGAUCCCAGAUUCCUGGAGAACAUGGAGGACUUUGUGACGUUGGACGAACUGGCAGAGGACGAGGACGAAGAACACGGAGAGUCUGACACCAUCGACAACUCGAGGAAAGGGGGUAUGAGGGUGGUCAACGUGGUCGGCUUCAGACGAGGUUACAACUUUCUCAACGAGCUGCUGGGACUCGCCAAACCUUUUGGGAUAGUGGUCAAACAUCUGGUGCUGGACCUAAGACCUGAGGCGUACCUUCAGUUUGCCACCGAAGAAGAAGCGCGAGCGAUGGCCAAAUUUUACAACGGGAACAUCAAGGCGUCGGUGUGUGGCCGCCCGGUGAGGGUCAGCCACUCCAUGAGCUACCCAACCAUCCAGUGCGGCUCCAGCAGGGUGGUGUACAUCGGCCAGCUCCCCAACAUCAAAUACUCAGACGACGCCAUCCUGAAACUGGCCGAGCCGUUCGGGAGAGUCAAGAAGUAUUUCCUCAACAGGCUCAAGAGAGAGUGUUUCAUCGAGAUGGACCGAGCCGAGGACGCGGAGAAGAUGGCCGAAGAUUACAAAGUGGAUCCGCCAAAGUUCAACGGGAAACGCCUGACAGUCUACGUCAGCCGGAAGUACCGGCAGCUCAAACACGGACAUCGCUGCCCGUCCGUAGCCAAGAGAGAGAACAGCAGCUCGUCUCCUCAACUCUCCCAACUUCCUGAAGAGCCUCCGGCCAAGAAACCCAAAGAGGAGGAGAAGCCUGGAGAGGAAGAAGAGAAGGAAGAGGUGAAGGAGGAGAGGGAGGAGAAACCGAGGGAGGAGAAAGAGGAAGAGAAGCGAGAGAGUUGUGAAGACGAGAAGAGAGAAGAAGAAAACUCGGCGGAGAAGAUUCCAGAAGUUUGCGACGAGAAGAAGAGUGGCGAGGACGACGAGGAGAAGAUGGAGACAUCGACCAAUCAGAACGGACCGCCGGAUGCCCCCCCAGCGGCGGGAAACAAACCCAGCGUGGCGUCUCUGCCGCUGCCCCCCCAUGACCCUGACACCCCCAUAGGUGUUGAACAUGUGAAGAUGGGUUAUUACUGCCGCGUCUGCUUCCUGUUUUACUCCAACGAAGAGACGGCCAAGAAGACGCACUGCAGCAGCCAGGCGCACUACGACAAGCUGCAGAAACAUCUGGAGAAGGAACAGAGCAAAGCAGAGAAGAAGAAAGGGAAGAAGACGGCCGGGUAAAAACACAUAGGAAGAGUUUUUUUUUUAUUGGACUUUGAUUUGAUCCAUAAAAUGUCAGAAAAUCAGUAAAUCAAAUCAUUCGUCUUCUCCGUCUGUAAAUGUCUAAUAUUUGACCGACAACAAUCUAAGAAAAAUAGCAAAUGAAAGAGUGGAUUUUCAGAAUAAAAGCUUGGAUAAAUGGAAUAAGGAUUUGAUGAGUGAUAAAGAUUGAUAAUGGUUUCCGUUUGAAACUGAUUAGGUUUUGUGUUUUGGACAUUUUAAAGACGCACAUUUGAUAAACGACUGAAAAUGUUUAAUAACAGAAUGAUUAGAAAUAUUGUCUCCAUCGAUCCUGAGAUAAUCCCCC